AUGUGUACCAAGCAAGAAGUCCGUGUGCAGUUGUUGUCGGCUUUCUUCUUCGUAGCUGCACUUUCUUACCAAGACGUUGAAGGUAUAAAAGAGAAUAUUCAUCUCUGUAUUUUGUUUUUACACUUAUUUUUAUUAUUUUUACUUUUUUGUAUUUCCCAGCGCUGAGUAUCAAAACUGGAAUAUGCAAGGUCACCAUUACUACUCCUGGUCUGUUUGCGUGUGAAAAGGUUUCCUUUGAGAAUCCUUUCAAUGGCGGGCAGGAUGUGAAAGUUUUCGUUUCCAAAAGCCACACAACAAAGAGUUAUGGUGGUGGAGAUGGCGCGGCUAUUUGGGUGGAAUCUGUGGAUAAUAAAGAAUUUACAGUUUGUGUUUUGGAGUACGGAGAUGGUUCUAGUGGGGCUGCGAAAGUGAACUGGAUGGCGCUGCAAUCUGUUCCUGUUGACGCUCAACUAGACACAGUCCCGUUGGAUUCUUGGACUACUGGAGAAAAGUGUAAAAGGAUCGCCUUUGAAAAAGGUUACCUCUGUUUCCCUUUGCGUUUUCGUUAAGUUAAUAGUUCUUACUCAUUUACUAGGUAUUUCUGUUUGCUCAAACCUAGACACAAGAUUUCACUACGUCAUUUUUUAAGCUUUGCUUGACUAAGUCGCUUUAACUUCCUCUUUCUUUAUUUAGCUCGUAGGAGCUGCAGACUUGCCAUUUGUAGUCCUCCUUAUAUCUUUAAGUCAUGCGAUAUAACAUUGUUGCAUCAUAAAAUUCGAUUCUUUAUUUGUUUACCAAGAUCUGACAUAUAUUGCUACCUCUAUUUUCUUCCAUCAAAGUUAUCUUGCAAUCUGUCCUCCACUUUUCUUGAUCAUUUCAAUUUUUUUAUUUACAUUAACACUUCUUUAAAAAGGUUUAACAAUCUUCAUAUUUUUGCUAAUUUUUGCUCUAAAAAAUUUAGUGAGAAAGUCUAUAUUUCGAUUCCUUUUGUGACUACGUUGCCAAGUUCAUGAUUAUCAUUUUAUUUGCUGAUUUGCAAAUUCUGUGUUUAUUUCGUAAAACUGUUCUUAGUUUUUCAUCUGCACUAGGAAAUUCCAUCCAAUUUGCUUCUUUCAAGUUCAAAAUGAUUUUUUCUAUCACACUUCCAUCGUUUUAUAUCAUACCCUUGUUUGUUUGAAAGAUAAAUGUAAUUGAUGAUUUAUUUCCUUCUCUUUUACUUUUUCAGCGUUUCUCAAUUCCUCCGAGCAUCUACGUAACAUCUCGUCACCAAAUUCUCAAGAGACCUCAGGACGCCUUGGCAUUGUGGGUAGAGGAUGUACGCAGAGACAGUUUUAAGGUUUGCCUCAGGGAAACUAAGAUUUUUGAUGGUCUGCAUAAAAACAUCAAGGUGGUAAGUGAAUUCCUUUUGUUACCUGUUACAUGUUUGAAAGUAGACUCACGCGACAACCAAGCGGUUCCUCCCUUGCUGCAACUUACAGGGGCUGUGCCCUAGCAGAACCCAGUUGCCUCUGAGCUCUACCUUUGCUCUUUGCCUACUAGGAAAUCGUAGCUUUUUUCAUCCUAUCCUAGAUCCUAUGUUGGCUACCCUAUGUUGGGUACCCUGUGAUUUACACAGGAACAGAGCAAUGGGCUCCCAGUCUCUUAGAAACAACCUUGACUUGAGAAAGAAUAUAUUGAUAACAUUGUUAACACUUUUUCACUUGUCCUUCAGGACUGGAUAGCAUUUGUUAAGCUGAUGACGCUGAAUUCUACCUUGAUCAAUGGCGUUGUAACAACAAAGAAUAACUCACCACUAAACAAGCAACAAAGCAAGGCCCUCUGUCAGGUAAAGUAACUAAUAAACUAUACUGUUUUGGUUUCUCAGUCACUUAUAUUAAUAAACAGAAAAUAUCGUCAACUAUUUAAACAACAUAUUAUCGUCAACUAUUUAGACAACAUAUAUCAUAUACCGCAUAUGUGUAGAAAAACUUAAUAACGCUGAUUCUUUUCUUGUUUUUUUUAUAGAUAAUAAAGUUCACUGAUGCUUUCUAUGCCCCUCCGAUAGUAAUGGUUUCACCAAGACUCAGUUACCAUAACAACAACUCCCGUUUCUCGGCUUCUGGAACUUGUAACGCAGUUACUGUGUGGAUUCAGGUAACAUAUGAAACUUGGAGCCAUUUUUCUUAGCCCAUUGCGUCCUUAGGCUGCCUUCUUAUUUCGUCCCUUCGAACUUACUUUUAGCAUUGUCUCUGUUUCAAUUUUUCACGUCGUUUAAGGAGUCCAAAAAAGUUUUUUUUUUGUCUUCUUUUUUCACAAUUUUUCCAACCAACCUGUGCACGCCACGGUUUCGCUUUCUAAACGACCUUUGGUAGUGACAUAGAAGUUAAGGUAAGAAAAUACCUGAUGAUGCUUAUUAAUGAUUGAUAAUCUAAUACUUCUAAUGAUUGUGUCUAGCAUACCUUUACAAACGAAACCGAGGUGUGUAUGAGAAGAUACAGCAAUAACGCCAAUAAUAAGGACAUCGUACAACUGGAUUACCUGGUGAUUGGAGGUACGAUAUAUCAAAACCUUGGUGAAGGCUGUAUGCUGCAGUGUAUCAAGUACAUUUUAUGACAUGAAUAUUUUGAAGUUGUUUCAUGCAGGGCUUUUUUUUCUCUAAUUGAUGCUAUUUUUUGUUGUCUCUAUUUUUGGGGAUUGUAGAUUUGGUUGACUGAGCUGAAAAAAAACGGGAUCAUAUGCAUUCUUAUCCUUUUCUUAGAGUCGCCAGUGUUGUUGCAUCUACCUGCAAUGCAUCUUAUUGGCAUCUUAAAGCAGUUUCAGCUUGUAAAUUGGACGAAAUUCUUGUAGAAUCUAUACUUUUUUUCUUCUAUCUAAAGUCACGUGUUCCUUAAUUUACGUUACAGUUUCUUAAUAUACGUUAGAGCCCCUUUGUUUCCGGGAGGCAUCCGAGUGAAGACUUGCACGAAUGGUGUGCCAAAGUGGCGGUAAAUUUGAACGUGUCAAAAAAUUCUCUUUAAUAACAUUGUGUUCAAAGCAAUUAUUUUUUUUUCUCCACGUUCUCAUAGUAAUGUGCAUUUUCAAUUCUAAAAAGAUAACUUUUUGAGUUAUGGGUGCUUUAAAUCCAUCUGUUGUUAUUUGCUUAAUUAUCUUCAGACUUGGAUCCCUGCAUAGACGUUACGUGUUAUUAUCACAGCUUCUGUAAGGCGUUUGGACCCCAUGAUGCACGCUGUGUAUGUGUGGAUAGCUGCCCAUCUUACAAAGAACCCGUUUGCUCAUCAAAUGGCACAACGUACGACAACAGAUGUUUGUUUGAAAGAGAAGUUUGUCUGCAUCGACUAAACUUAACCGUGCAACAUCCUGGCAGCUGUGAAGGUUAGUACAAUUGUUUUUGAAUCUGUUAAAAAGUGAUUUUUCUUUUUAUUAGAUUUCAGUAUAAAUCCCUUAGUGAAUUUUUCGAAUGAGUUAUUUACUUACCCAUGUAAUCUGGAGGGAAAAACGGCGAUAGAUGCAUGACUUUAUGGAAGUACAGAAUUUUACGUAAUUUUGCUAAAACGUUUGUCAUGCACAGGAGCAAUGCUAAUAAGAAUACUGGUCAGAAAAAGUGGCGGAUACACUUAUAUUUAAGCAUUUUCAGUUAACACUCAACGAAAAUAUAUUUUUUUUUAUAUAUAUGUAUCACUGAAAGAAAUUUAAAACUGAUUCUUGUCUCUGAGAUUAGUAGUGUAGUAGUAGUAGUAGUAGCAGCAACAGCAGCAGCAGCAGCAGCAGCAGCAGCAGCAGUAGUAGUAGUAGUAGUAGUAGUAGCAGUAAUCUUUUGCAUUUCGUACCCGGACGUCGCUCUGCCUAACAUAUCUGGAUAACCUAUCCUAGAGUUAUAUUUUUUAAGCAUAACUGGAACUGAAUCUUUUCUUUGCGAGAAGUAGUAGUUACACUGAAUGUUCACUUUCCUUUCCUUCAGCGCUUAUAGGCUUGACCAUUUGCCACCGUGUAGCUCUGCUCAGGAUGCAAGUUCUAAUCUCUCCACUGCUUGCCAUGCUAUUUACCUAAUGCAGUGACAAGCGAUACAUUGUCCGGUGUGAAGUUUCCCUGGACUUCUAUAGUAGAGAGUAACAACCCUCUUUAUUAGAACCACUCAUUUGCUGCUCUGUUAACAUUUUUAAGUUCUGGGUAAAUGCCCUUUGCUCCGCAUGUUUGUCAUACUAAUCUAUAGUUCAUCUUGAAAUGUGUUUUCUAGGAUUUCCUUUUCAGCGUGGUCGUCGCCACAUGCCACAUAUUCCAUCCUUGGGCUACUCUCACUGUCAUGCCAUUCAUUUCAAACCGUUUGUGUUUUACCCUGAAAAACCCAUUCAAGUGCAGAUAACUGUCAAUCAUAUGGAUACCAGUGACAAAUCGUAUGUCCAUGACGCGGCAGUAUCGUGGGUUGAAAAUGUGAAUAACGAGGGAUUCACUGCUUGUGUGAUGGCGGCAGGAUAUAAUGAACGAAAGUCGUAUGCUAACGUGACAGUUGAUUGGAUGGCGUACCAAGGUGCUCCAGUGGGUGGCGUGACUGGUAAAGUGCGCAUGUCACAGUGGUGGACUGGUACGACUUGUGCGACUGUCAGGUUUCCUACAGUGAGUGGCCUUUGUUGGGCUUUCUUGUCCUUUCCAUUCUUUUCAAGAUCAUAUAUUUGAAACGCCUCACUUCUACUGAGUUCACUCAGUUAAUAACAGAUCGUUUUCAAUAUGCAUCAGCAGUGAUUUGUCGUUCUGGUGCAGCCGUACACUUAUUACCAAUUAAUAGUCGAACAAUGUCACUGUAGUACAAACUAGAACCACUACGUGGAACUUACCGGGGCCCAGUGGGACACGGGAUUGCAUAGAUAUAGUUUACCUCUCGCACCCCUCCCCCUUCCUCUGUGGAGGAUAAUACUUAGUCUGAAUUAACUCAUGCAGAAGAAAAGCAACAAAAUGCAUGAGAAAGGAGGAUGUUGUUGGAAGUUUGUUCAGUGUUUUUACAGCUAACGGUCUGUGUUAUAGUAGUGUUUUUAGUAACACUGUGAUGUCAAUAAGUGUGAUCUGUAUAAGGUUUUCAUUUGUUUUUAAGUUUGAGUGAAAAAGCAAAAAUCACUGACAGUUUUGGGUUGAAUGGUAAUGACAAAGUUUGCAAAGAAGUUUGUUACAGAAUUAUCACAAUUUCACAUUUUCUCAAGUACGUUAUCAUCAGGUUUAUCAUUGAGAUUUAUUAAUCACAUUUAUCUAUUUUUUGCGAAAACACUGUGAAUUUGAAAUGAUAACAGACAUAAGACAUUUUUGAAAUAGAUCUUUGUGGUCAUGGAUUGUUGUCUUGCACUGUAAAAAAUGUCAUCCAGUGUUAUAUAUAGACAUAAUAAAAUGCUUAUUUAUUGAUGACUGAGUAUCAUUUGUUAAUUCAUUGCACAUUGAAAUGGAGGCACUUGAUUGUAAGGCAGUGGUUGAUACAUAGUAGCAUUCAUCAAUAUGACCUAUAAUAAUUGUAGAGGAAGUAUUUCUUUCCUGAACUGGGUAAACAGUAGUAUAUCUGCAACUGCUUGAAUGAUAAGUGCAUCAGCCCAUGUACCUUGAAUACACAUAUUAUUCAGAUAUCUUAGCCAUGAAUGUUCGGUAUUGCUCUCAAUAAAUCUCUCUGGAUUGUCUCUCAUAAAUUGAACCCCAGCAGUACGUAUAUGCACAUGAUGGUUGCUAUUGCCAUAUAAUUGAUGUGAUACAGAUCUAAAGAAACAAUCACCUGCACCGCCAAAAUCUAUUGAUUGUAAACAAAGUGCACCUAAUCUUGACUGCAUCAAAUUCUCAGAGGAAAUGGGAGAGUUCAACUGCAUUGUUGAGCUGUGUUUUUGCAUAGAAGGUCUAAUUAUUACUUCAUGAUGAUCAGUGUUGUAUUGAGUAGGUCCUGGAUUCUUCUCAACAUCUUUACUUAGUUUGAAAUUCACAUAAUUGGUCAUAUGACUCACACAAUUGCAAGAAAACAAUGAUAAAUAUCGUCGUGCUUUACAUUUUAGUUUCAUUAUCCUGUGAUAAUGCCUGCUAAAGAAAGACAACAAAUGAGCUUUCUUGGGUAUAGCCAGUUUAUUUAAGUUAAUUAUCUUUGGAUCGCAUUUGUUAUUACAUUUAUAUCGUGCAUGAUAAAGUUUUCUCACCUUAUUAACAUAGCGAUGGAGCUUUGAAGACUUCGGUAUGUCAAUCAUUGAAAUCUUUUUGAAGACAAAUUUUGAUAAGUGUUCGCUUUGAUUCUCGAUAAAUUUCACGAUGGAAGGUUCACUCAAUUUCUCGAUAAGUUUCACGAUGGAAGGUUCACUCUUAAGUGAUCGCUCGUAAAUUUGUCUCUCCAAAUAUUCACUCUUAAAUUUUCGCUCAUAAACUAGUGCAUCGUAAAGGUUGGGGAACGUGUAGUUCCCCAAAAAGCUAUAAUCUUUCUCUUGACUGUCCUCCAUGCCUCGUUCUUUUCAAAAUGGCGGAUAUGAUUUCAAUGAGCCAGCGAUAUAUCUCAGUCAGCGAUAUAUCCCUAACAAUGUAACGUUGAAAAAAAGGACCGUCUGCACUUUAAGACCGGUGCCAGCCUUCGGCUGGGCCCCGGUAAUUAUUCUUUUACCAAUUUCCAGCAUAUCAAAUGUCAUGGGUUUUUUUUUUGCAAAAAUGCGAAAUUAAUUCCUGUUCGUAGCUUUCUAAGAGUUGAGAGUUGCCUAACUCGCAUUUAUUUUUCAGGGAAAAUUCUUUGUGAUACCGUCGGUAUUUGUGACUGCCAAGCAUUACAAUCCAGGAUUAAAACGUGACGCAGCAAGCGUAUGGAUUGAAGAUAUCACACAAUCAUCCUGCAAAGUUUGCUUGAGAGAAUUGCAAAACUACGCUGGAUCACACCAAGACGUUGUUGUUGUAAGUAACGCUAAUCUCAUGCAGUCGAACGAACAGCGUUUUUCUUUGGAAGCUAAGUGCAGCAGACUGGUAUCUUUCUCCAUCUCAUCUUUUCGCUUUUUUACGCUUCCAGCAGUUGGUCCAGCAGAGAUGCACGAUUUUUUGCUUGAAAAUAUAUUUCCCUCCAUCUGUUUCUUCUUCAUCCGGCUUUGUCAACCUGACCAUGUUAUUGCUUUCUUAUAACCUAAGAUGUCGGUGGCUGUUUUAUAUAAACCUUGCUGAGAGAUUACCAUUUAUAUUUUAUUUUCGACGUUGACACAAUCUUUUGGUAGUUAGGACGUGAGACUGAAAAAGAAUUCUUUCUUUCUAUUCUUAUUUAUUUAUUUACUUUAUUUCAGAAUUGGUUAGCGUUUUCAUAUCUUGACGAGCCUCCCUUCUCAGAACACAAUUCGAUUUACUUUUCGAAUGAUAAACCUCCCGCGCAGAGUCACUAUAAUGCCUUCUGCAAGGUCAGUAUUCCAGUCCUUUCAUUAGUCUUAUUGGUUUCAAUUCCCGUCACAGUGCACUUAAUUUUAUUGAAUAAAUUUACUAUCAGAGAGCAAAAGAAAAAGGUUGCCCUAUCCUGUCUCUAGUGAUGGUAGUUGUAUUUAAUCAGUUUAGCAGGCUGCCUGUCAUACUUCAGUGAAUAUUUAAAAUGAAAAUGAAAUAUAGAUUAUAAAUGCCCUAAUGCGGAACAAGUCUUUACCUUUAUAUAAAUGUCAGAGACUGAAUUUUUACAAUUAUGUAAUUUCUUUUGACAGGACGCUACUUUUACUAAAGUUUAUAACUCAACUCCACAUGUGUUUGUUUCUGCCAAUCAUUCCACCAAAAAUGGAAGUCAGAGUCCAAUUCAUAACAGCAUAGCUGAGUGGGUAGAGGUAUGUUUUUAGUUAUUUAUUUAAUUAUUUUCUUUUAUUUAUUUUAUGAAUUUGUGUAACAUACCACUUGCAACCACACUUACAUGUGUUGUGUGCAUGUUUAAAAACCUUACGAAAAUACGAAUGACUGUAAUUAACACUCUCUAUUUUACAAUACAGAUAGCGUUCUAUUGAGAAUAACAGCUUAUAGAACACAAAACGUGCAAAAAAACAGCUCAAAAGUUAAAUUUUAUCCGUUUAACUAACGAUCAGGAAUAACCCUUGGCUAGUAAAAUGGCCAUGAAUUAUGGAAAGUCGUUAAAACUGUGUUUAAAAAAAGCUGUGUAGCUGUAUGGCAGAAGGUAAGCAAAUGUUGUCAAACAAACAGCAAUGAGAAAACUAAAAUUGAUGUUAAGCAAGAGAGAAUGAGCUAAGAGAGCGAAUCCCUGUGCCCCAUGAUGAUUAUUUGAAAUCUAUUGAAAGUUCGCACGCGUGCGAUGAAGGUUAUUUUUAUAUGCUGUUUCCGUGACCCGCGCGGUCUAUAUACUUUCCCGUGAACGCGACAUAUUUCGCCUCCAAACAUUUGACAGCAGUUGACCAAUUAUCGCAUGAGAGGUUUAAGUUGUUGACAUGUAAUAACGCGCACUCAAUUGUCCUCUUUCCUCUUCCCUUUGAAGCCCUGUCAUGCAAACUUGUUGAACAGGGUUGAUCACUUCUUAACAUGCGUCAAACUGAGAAAUAUGGAAAGUCUUCUGGUCAAGACCUACCUGAACUGUUCUAUAGUUUUUUUUUUCUACUGGCAAGGGAGAAAAUACGCCGUCAGCCGUCUGUGUGAACUACUUAAUGAGCUGAUAAACAUCCCUUUCUUGCAGUACAUCAACAAGACAUGCUUUCGUGCUUGUGUCAAAGAAUUAUAUGAAGCAAAAUAUGACCCAUUGUCAGUAACGUACACAGUUUUGUCAGGUACUACUGCUACAAAACUAAUCAUAAACUUCAGUACUUACCAACUCUCUGAAUAACAAAAAAGCAAUACAAGCAAUACACAAAAGGAAUGCCCAAAAACUGGAGGAAAUAAUAAAAAUAGCUUUCGGGUGAUGAUAAAAAACAACGUUCAUCCCCUUUUCCAAAUACAUAUUAAUGUGUAUAAUGGAGUGCUUUAUAAUACUUGCAGUUGUUUUUGUCUUAUGUAUUGCCUUUAUUUUGUCCUGAACACAAAGCUUCUGCUUUUCCAUUUCCUUUUUUAAUCACAAACUCCGGAAAUAACAAAUAUGUUCGAAGUACAUAACUGCACCUCAAGCUAUACAUUUUAAGCAAUGUCAUUUUACAGUUCAUUAAUUCCUACUUUGUAUACGCACAGACAUCUGUCCAUCUGGAUGGGAUUACUUUAAUGGAUACUGCUAUUUAACAAGCUCUGUAUGCGCACCUUGGGUGACUGCUGUGUCCAACUGUUCAACUAUGAACUCACAUCUGGUAACAGUGCACAACCAAGAAGAAAAUGUCUACAUUCAGCACCGUCAUAAUGGAGAGCGAUCAUGGAUUGGACUUAAUGACCGAAGCGUUGAGGGAUCAUUUGUCUGGAAAAACAAGGAAAUAACCAGUUUUCGGUUCUGGGCUCCGCAACAACCAAACGACUGGAAAAACGAAGACUGUGUUCACACUCUGGGUGCCAAUGAUGGCUACACUUGGAACGAUGUGUCCUGCGAUAACUGCUAUAACUUUACUUGUGUUCAAGGUAAAAGCGGUCAUCAGGUCCGUUUUACAACUUACAUUAAAUGAUCUGUUAGUUGGCACCUGAGGUAAUCUUAUCUUCUGCAAAGGGUUGUGGUUCACUUCAAUAUUUUAUGCUAGAAAUGUAGCCAAAACGACAGAAAAACCACCCAAUGUUAGCGCGCAUGAAUGUAGUAUCAUCUUUCAGUCAUAGUUGGUAGAGAAGACUGGUUAUGAAAGCUGGCAAACGGAAUCAAAGCUUAAAAUUGUAACAUAGGUGCUGCAGUUUAUGUUGGUAGCUAUCUUCUUUUUUUCUCACAAAAUGCGAAUGAAUAAAGUUAGGCAAUGUUUUUAUCGCCUGUGUACAGACCCCCCUUGCCCUUUUUGAGGGGAGGGUGCGUCCGUACACAGGCUACGAUUUUAUUGGUGAAAAGGAUCAAAAUGAUAGGAAUGCUAUUGAACUUUUCACAACGUCGGAUGAGUCCAAAAAAGGUAACCAAAAAAAACAUAUAUACUGGUACAAUAAAGACGUUUGUAGGGCUUCGAAGGCACUCCACUUUUAUUAACUAUUUUUCAGUUUAUGUUUCAAACCUGACCGACUAUGUCAAGGUAAAAAUGGGCUCGCGACCGAGCUUAUUAGACAGUUGUUAAGGUGUCAUAACGUGAGGUGGAAGCAUUGUGUCCAGUGUUUGGUAAAAUUCAAAGAAAUUUCGCUUUUUCUUUUCAAGAGUUUUAUGAUGAAUUCAAGUUGAGAAUAUCAUUUCAGAAAAUAAGCACGUAGCAAAGGAAAUGUGAGUGAAUGAAACACCGUGGUUUUUUUUAGAAAUUGACGAAUGCACAACUAACUAUCACAGAUGUAAUGUGAAUGCUGCUUGCCAGAAUACUGCGGGCUCAUACAAAUGUACUUGCAAAGCUGGAUACUCUGGAAAUGGCCGCAAAUGUGUUGGUAAGUACUGAAGUUUGCUUUAAAUGUCUUCCAUAUUUUGCUCUUUUGUUCGCAAACUGAUCAACUUAGUUGUCCUUUGUUCUGAAUUUAUUUAUAGACUAAAUAAAUAUGCUUUAUAGUGUAUACACCCAACUGUUAUGAUUUUUUGUGGUCGAAACUUUCUAAUUAGCCCUUAGUGGGUAUUUAAUCGGAAUUUUAAGCAGUAAAAGAAUAUUUGCACUAAUGUAUGGAACAACCUUUUACACGAAUUUUCAUUCCUUCAAUCGAAAUAAUUACGAACUUCCGUUUGGGGACAUAUUUGUUUUGACUUUAAGAACUUCACUGGUAAUAACGUAAAAGUUUGAGUUGAUUUAAAAAAGACUCGAAAAUGAAAAUUUCACUUUUAGGCCUCAAGGUCGCCCCAAUUCCGACUGAAGGCAAUAAAAAGCCCCCAGAGGUCUGACAUGUCUUAAUAAAGGACAGUCGAGAGGAAAUAUCAAGGAAGGUAUUACCUUCGGCGCAUGAAAUCAAGGUCAUAAUUUUGUCUUUGUUUUUCGAAGUCGACGAGCGUAAGAGCAAAACCCAUAUAUAACUGUGACAAAAAUGCGUUACAAGGGAGAUGGAAAGAAGUGUAGAGGUAUCUAUCUAGCACUCUUUAAAGGUGGCUUUCCAGCGUCGCGUAAUUUUUAGCGUAGCGGAGCACCAUGGGUAAGAAAAUUUGGUAAACUAUCCAUCCCAGAAAAUUUGGUUAUGACGUAGCGUACGUCCGUCCGUACGGACUUUCCGGGUAGUGGAAAGUAGAGAUUUUUUGGCGGGAAAUCGCAUGGCGCAACGCGUUAACGUCGCGCAAUUAUAUCGAAACAGAACUAUUCGAGACUCCUAUCGCGGGACCUAUUGAGUGCUUUAAGCCUUGACUUAAUUAGAGUCAGAACGAACUAUUAUGCCGUUUGCUAGGUUCAUGUGCGGUGCGUCUAAAUGUACUACAUUUGAUAGGAUAAAUAAAGCUGAAAUAAUGAAAUGGCUGACAACGGAAGUAUUUGCAGUAUUACAAGUCAGAUGACAUGAUCUAGUCUGUGAUUUAUUAAUAUGAACCUAAGAGCGCCGGUAGUUUGUUUCUAGAUGGAAGAAAAGUAUCAGUUUCCAACCGUGAAUAAUAAAUCAUUCGAUUCCAAAUACAGUAGUCUGUUUCCGAAAAUCCGUGGAUACUAGCUAAUAAAAGAGGAGGGGAGCCGAAACUGCCCCAGGCCCGUACAGAAUCUCCGUGUAUUCUUUCUUUUCCUGUUACGACAAGCUGGUGCUGAGAGUUUUACUAAAUGCAGUUGGCAGAAUUGUUACAACCUUUCAGUUGAAGUCUGUAGCUAAUUUUCUUGCUACAAAUACCUUUACGCGCGCACUGACAUCCUCGUGAUAGGCCGUCAUCAAGGUAAAGGCACUCUUGUCCCCUUUCAUCCAAUAGAAAGUUUCCACCUCUGGAGAAAAAGGGAAUGCGUGUAAACCCUUUUUUUUUCCUUUUCCCAUCCUCCUUCGAAAGACACAUUGACAUUGUUGUGCACUCAGUUUGCUUUUACGUAUAACAUUGGAGCGGCCAAUCAGGAUCUGUCAGAACACUAAAUCAUUAACUUAACGCUAUUAGUUUCAACAGAGUUCCCUUAAGCAAUACCCUGUUUCUAGUUGCACGAUGUAAUUCUAUCUUUUUCAAACGCCUGCAAUUGACAGCUCUGGCCUUGGCGGAAGGCGGGAGAUUAGGAAAGGAUUAUCAAAGUAAAGUAAAGAAAAGCUUUCGUUUCCCCUCAUGCACACUCUUACCAUUAGAGCUUAACCCAGCUAAAACUUCUAAAAUUCUUUUCUAUAAAUGGCCAAAUGGCAUCUCGCAAUACUCGUUAACAGUAGGGAAUCUUCCCUCAAUUGCGGUCAAAAGAUUAAGGCAUGACCAAAAGGUUAUAGGCAAUGUAUUUACUAUGGCCACUGUUAGUGUAUCUUCCACUGGCUUCCCCAGACUGCUAUAAUUGGCCUGUUCUGAUGCCGAGUCUCGAUACUUAAACACGUGAAGAACCACUCUAUAACCAGUGGAACGGCUGUAGUGAUCGCAAACGACUGAACCAAUUCAACCUUGUUUACUUUCAGUUUGACAGCUGAAGCUGACAGAGUAUUUUGUCAACUUGUAAUGUUUUUUACUGUCUUUUUCCACUGGAUGCUUAAAAUGAAAUACAGCUGCUAUCAACAGUCUUCUUUGAUUCAUGGCUGGUUUGUUUAUUGAAUUUUUGGUCGGGAAAUGCGCCGGUUGCCAAAGUUGGAAAUCCGAUUUCGGAUGCAUCGCUUUCGUUUUUACCUUGCUGGAUGGGGGUUGAAAAGUCCCUCAAGCGAUUCUGGCCUUACUUUAUAGCCUUCAAGAGCUGCAUCUCGAAUGGUAAGCCUAAGCAAUUAUUGUAUACAGUGUAUGUUUGUUUUUUUAUAUCUAAUUUCAUGAAGUCGAGCGCAGUUUAUGAGGCUAAUUUAUGCACGUUUCUACAAAGAUCUGAGACAAUGAUCUGAUCUAGUAUAUAUAAGCUUACAGAACUUUAAAAAGCCUUUAGUCGAUAUUUUCUCCGCAUAUAGAACGAAAAAAACGUUCCGAAGAGUAUUUAGUUAUAAUUUUGGCUGUAGAAAGAAAGCUUUGAGCGAUUUUCUUGCCUCGAGUUCAUCUUUGAAAACAGUAAACACCAGGAAGCCGGCUAAAAGCUUUAAGCUUAAGCUUAAAGACUAAGGAUUUUUAGAGACGCUUUAAUACUUGUCUUCGUGAAUGAAAAUUGUUGUCUCUGUAAAUGUUUCACCGAAUUACAUUUCUUUUAUUUAUUGUUAGUAGUCUCUUACAAUUUUAAUCGCUUUGCCGUUUGUUUUCAGUCGUUCAUAAACAACGCUUGCCGCAGAGUACUCAAAAUGCUGCUCGUAUCAAACGCUUUUUAAGAUUACACAUCGUUAUAAAACCAUUUAAUAAAAAAAAUAAACACAAUAAAUUCUUUAUUAUGUUGAAGCGCGUAACUCUUUUAAUGUUCACUGAAAAUUUGGCGCUUGUCAAAAGUGAGAACCGGCUGGCCGUAUAGGUGAUUUUGGAAAUUUUUGGAACGGUUUUGCUAAAAGCCCACGCGUGCUUCGUACGGUUCUGAAUAUUGAAUGAGUGCAAUUUGUCUUGAAAAAUUGUGAAAUACUGCAUUUUGUGUGAGGUCUAUAUGAUAAAAACAACGCCUCAUAUUACUGUUUCAGAUGUGAUGUAUAAAAAGUAUGAAAUGUUGGUUUACACGCUCCCAGAGUUGUUGGCAAGAUUUUGUUAAGUAAACUUGUCGAACGCAAAAAAUUCGGCCUGAUUUGUUUUCCAAAAAUUCGUUUUCCAGGCCUAAUCUACAGUGAUCAAGAGCCAUUAUGGCUCUAAAAUGUGAUCGAAGAUAAUUGCUAUUUUUUGGGUGUAUAUAUACGGCUAUCAAUUCGAUGUAAGAUUUUUUUUUCACUCUAAAAUCACUUAGCCUUAGCUUUCCCUUAAAGUUAACUGAUUUGUGGAUUACAAGUUUAUUGUUUGAUUUAAAUUAUAAAUUUAUUAAUGGGAGCUUCGCUUUUAGCCCUGGCUAAAUCUAUAUAUUACGUGCGUAGGCUCUUUAGUUUUAAGUACGUAUAUAAAAUAACGGCUAUGUAUCAAAGGUUGUGCGUAAACGUAAAACUUGAACCUCGCUCAACUUUUACACGCGGCCUUUCAUACAUUGCCUCCAGGGCCCUGACUGCCUCUAUUAUAUUUACGCGCGUACAUUUUACCUGCGUACGCACAUAAAUAUUACGCGGAAGUGGAAAUCCACCCUAAGUGUUCUUAAUCACCAAACGAUAGUUUAUACAUCCAGCACGUGCGGUCAUUCCAUUGCUUGUAUUUAUUCUCCUUGGCACCGGUUGUUCAAACCUUAGAUAGCACUUUGCAUCGGAUAAAUCACUACACAGUGGAUACGUAUUAGGGAAACUAGCUGCGCUAUUUACUGGAUGGUGAUUUAUCUAGCGGAUAGCGUUAUUCAGCCUUUGAACAAAUUGUCCAGGUAAUUCUAUAACACUACCAUGGCCACACAAGCCAUCGCGUUCAUCUGUAACGUAGAUUUGAAAGGGUAGAAUGUAAAGGAAGAAUUAUCAGUUUACUUGCCUUGUAAACGUAAAAUAAAUGCAAUUUUAUGAUUUUCAUGUAGAUAUCGACGAGUGUACAAGCAAAAUCCAUAACUGUGACAGAAAUGCGUUAUGUAAGAACACUGAAGGGUCUUUCACUUGCACCUGUAAACCUGGUUACAAGGGAGAUGGCAAGAAGUGUAAAGGUAAAUAUCUCAGUAGAACACGCAAUUAUCGCAUUCUCUGCUUUUAAUUUAUUAGACUGAGGCAAACAAAUUUGUCGUGGAUUCUUAGCUAUGAACUGGAAUUAGCCUAGAGUACAGGCUUAAGCCAGGGAAUCUGUUCACAUGCAUUAUUAUUUUUAAUGAUUUUCCUCCCUGGUAGCCUCAACUCUAAGUUACUUCCAGCAACAGGAAUCACUGCUCUUCUGAAUGAAUGAAGCAAGAUCCGGGAAGCCGAUUACCUGUAUUAUACCAUUUUAAGUCUCUUUGAAAACGAUUGCAGGCGCAUUCUUCACAGUUGAUCUCUAAUGUUGAUAUCUAUUUUGUUGUAGCGAUACGAUCCUGCAAAGACAUCAAGGACUUAGGUAUCUCCAAUGGCGACGGGGAGUACUGGAUUGACCCUGGAAAGACUAAUAGUCCUUUUAAGGCAUAUUGUGACAUGACAACUGACGGAGGUAUGGUUUUAGUUGAAGCUAGGGAAAACCCAUUUUUUUCUAAAGUAAGUUCAGGAAAUUCUCAAUACCAAAAAAUAUGAACAAAAUUCACACCGAUAAUUUAGUCCUUACUUGUAACAAUAGACUUUGUAUGACAAUUAGGAAUUAUUGGAUGAGGUUGAGGUAUCAUCCGAAAAUUAUGCAGAUCGAGAAGGCCUUCGGCCUCGGCGGAUAACACCCCAAAUGAGAGUAUCCGGCUAAUGACUUCGAUGGUACAGGCUAUCGCCAGACAAAAGGGACAGAAACAGAGAAGCCCGAGUACGAGUUACCUCAGUUGUUUUAGUACUGGUAGAGAAUUUUACUGGUUUUGCGAAGAAAAAAAAUACUUGAUCUACUACCUAAAAACAUAGCAAAAACAGCAAAAGUACAUCUCAUACUUGAAGAAUAUCUUCAAGACUAAGAAUCCCAGUGGAUACUGAAUUUGCCGAGGAAAAGACACGUGAAAUCCAUCAGUUUAUCAAUUCUUCUUGUAACUGUCAAGUGUUACCAUGGAGAAGCUGUUUGAAUGAAUAAUAAGCCUCGUUUUAGUAUCAACUUCAGACUAGCACCCGCCUAGCGAGUCACGAAUUUCUUAGUCUCGGGUUCUUAGUUCUGUACAGUGCCGCCAACGAUUCCCAAAGUAGACCGCAAAUGAUCCUCAACCGUAAAUGAUCCCCAUUGUCGACCGCAAGCGAGUGAAAAGUAGAGGACUGGAAUACUGUUUUAGGCAUGGAUGGUGAAUGUGCUGAGAAUUUGCACAUCGCGUAGAACAAUGAAUAAAUACAAUUGUUUCGUUUAGUACAAAAUGUAUUUUUUUCUCAUUUCGUUAUUCAAGCAUUUGAUGUUUCGUUGCUGUGGAGAUUUCGGACAGGAAGGACUUUAAGAAGGAAAUGUUUCUUUCAUUUUAACGCUUAGAAAUAGGGAAAUAUGACCCCGGAAUAUGACUCCUGUAUUUAUCACUCUGUACAGGUUUUUGGUUUAUUUCGAAAUACGCUUAGUAAGUAAAACUCGUGAAAAUGUUGUGUCUAGUGGUAAGGACCCUGUGGGCGCAAACCUGUGUAUUCAUUUUCCGUGUCUUUGCUGCUGGACACACAGACAGUUACAACAUUAGGGAAACUGACAGAAACGAAGGAACGAUUAAGUGGAAAAUUUUGAACCUAUGAGCAAAGAAUUAUCUUAAUGGGGUUCAGUGUACUAGAGCGAGCUUUUAUCUGGGGUCGUUUUCAGAGACUUUCGCCGUUACAAAAGUUAUCAUUUCCUAAAGUUGAUACGAGGCAGGGUUUGAGCAAUUUCUUCUUAAGAGUAUUGCAUCUAAUUGAACCAUAGUGUGUGAAGUUUAGUCCAGUGAAGCUUUAAUGUUAACCAGCAAUUAAGCAAGAUUUAUUGUUUUACUGAGCAUUUAAGUGUUUCCUUUUUUAUUUGCGUUUAUUUAUGUUAUAUUUACGGUUUCUUAUAUUUUCAGUCUUGGCAUUUAUUUGUUAAAUUUAUUCAGUUGAAUUUUUAAUACUUUUGGUGCUAUAAUAAACGUGACACGAUGACCCAGUAACUUAAGUCCAGGCCAUUCUGAUUUUCCUCUUGGGAUCAUUUGCGGUCGACAAUGGGGAUCACUUUAGGUCGAGGAUCAUUUGCGGUCCAUUUUGCGGAUCAUUUGCGGUCUGAGGAUCGUUUACGGUCGGAAUCAGUUGCGGUACUGUACAGUUCGCUUGAGUUAUAUUUAACAAUGAUUAAGCCCACGGUGAGUUUCCGCCGUGUGAAUUAUUUUGAACUAAACAUUACUGCUUCUUUUGGCCCACAUGACUGAUAAACCAAUGAUAAACAUUUAUCGAAUUUCAGGGGGAUGGCUUCUUGUAUCCAACGUUGUUUCGCACGGUUCUUCAACGACUCAGUUGCCAGUUAAGACAUCGUACCGCGGAGUAAGCAGCAAAGAGAUGUUACUCACAAAGAGUGCCAUGAAGGAGCUGAGGAAGCACUUGCAUUUCACUCAGAUAAGAUUUUACUGCAAGAAACGAGGAGGUCGUACAUUUCACAUCACCACGGCUGCUAACAGCAAAGGUGAGGCUGCUGUGAAAUACUUCAGUGGUGAGACAGAUGUGAUGCCCGCCUCUUGUGGCUCGUUUGUGAUCAUGAGCGAUGAUAACUCGCGGUUAGCAACAGUCUGCAAGGAUUGGGGAUACCAAAGAGGUUCUUACAAAGUUGGCAAAUGGGGGCACGAGAGAGAUCAGAACAGAUUAUACGACCACGCUAUUUUUAAAUACUCAGCUUACCACUGGCUUCUUCAACCGUCUGGCAGGUGGGACUGCGACGAUUAUGGUGUGGGAGUGUCACGUGGCGAUUUUUGGAAAGUCUUUGUGCGAUAGGAAGUCACCAUAACG